AUGGACUUUCUCGGGGUGGUGGCGAUCAUCUUCUUCUACAUCCUCAUCCUAAUCGUCGGAAUAUGGGCGGGAAGGAAGUCGAAAGAUGCCAAGGGCCUCGAGGAGGGCGAGCAUACCGAGGAGGUGAUGCUCGCGGGUCGGAAUAUCGGCACCGUUGUCGGGAUUUUUACAAUGACCGCGACCUGGGUGGGCGGUGCGUACAUCAACGGGACGGCCGAGGCCCUCUAUAACGGCGGUCUUUUGGGCUGUCAGGCGCCGUUCGGGUACGCGAUCUCGCUGUUGGUGGGCGGGGUGUUGUUCGCGAAGCGGAUGCGCGAGGAGGGAUAUAUUACGAUGCUUGACCCGUUCCAGAUCAAAUACGGGCAACGCGUCGGCGGGCUGAUGUUCGUCCCCGCACUCUUCGGCGAAGUCUUCUGGAGUGCGGCCAUUCUGUCAGCUCUCGGGGCGACGCUGUCGGUCAUUCUAGCCAUUGACAUGGGGAUUUCCGUCGUCAUUUCAGCGAUUAUCGCUGUAUUUUAUACAUUUACUGGCGGCCUCUACGCAGUUGCGUACACCGACGUCGUCCAGCUCUUCUGCAUCCUCGUCGGACUGUGGGUCUGCGUGCCAGCCGCUCUUCUGCAGGGCAAAACAGCGUCUAUUACGCGAAACUACUCAGAAUGGAUAGGAGACGUUGGCGGAUUUCGUGAAUGGGCUUUGUGGUGGGAUUGUAUGCUUCUCCUCGUCUUUGGCGGGAUCCCCUGGCAGGUGUACUUCCAACGGGUACUGUCUUCAAAAACAUCACAAGGUGCACGAAUGCUGUCAUUCGUCGCCGGGGUUGGCUGUAUUUUGAUGGCCAUCCCGCCGGCCAUUAUUGGCGCCAUCGCAAGAAAUACAGAUUGGAGCCUGACGGAAUAUUCGCCGUGGAAUAAUGGGACCGUGGUGAAGGUGAUUCCGCCUGAAUACCGGAAUAUGGUCGUGCCUAUCGUCUUCCAAUAUCUCACGCCUCGAUGGGUGUCAUUUGUCGGCCUUGGUGCCGUCUCGGCAGCCGUGAUGUCAUCUGCUGAUUCCUCCGUUUUAUCAGCCGCAUCGAUGUUUGCACAUAAUAUCUGGAAAUUGACGAUUCGGCCGCAUGCCUCCGAACGCGAAGUAAUUAUCGUGAUGCGAUUCUCGAUCAUCGUGGUGGGCAUCAUGGCGACAGUGAUGGCACUCACCAUUCAUAGUAUCUACGGAUUAUGGUACCUAUGUGCCGAUCUGGUGUAUGUCAUCUUGUUUCCACAACUCCUCUGCGUCGUCUACAUGACCGAUUCGAAUACGUAUGGCUGUCUGGCCGGGUAUCUUGUGGGCUUCAUCCUGCGAAUAUCGGGCGGUGAGAUACUUGUCGGCCUUCCCGCCUUUGUCCACUAUCCCAUGUACGACGAGGCGGAGGAGAAGCAGUAUUUCCCGUUCCGGACCAUGGCCAUGUUGUCGACGUUGGCCACGUUGUACUCGGUCUCCAAGAUCUCGAUCUGGCUGUUCCGAAGUGGUCGACUGCAGCCGGAGAUGGAUUUCCUGGGAUGUGUCGUUAAUGUGCCGCCGGAGCGUAUCGCCCUCCGGUCGGACGUCUCAUUCAACGUGAGCAGUGAGACGUUACUCCUCUCCAAGACGAACGGUCUACCAGGGGAGAACGGCGGAGGCGCGGGAGGAAAAGCGAACCCCACCUUCUCAGAGAGUUCGCAUCUGCAUCCCCAGCACGCCAUCAACAAUUCGUAUGCGGCCAUCGAGCAGACGCCCGGC